CGACCGCAGCGUUAAAGAGUGCCGGGAGAUUCUGACGGUUGCGAGGGCAGACUUCCUGAACAUCUUCAGGAAGCUCAUCUCUGACACCAAGGUCUCUGAAAGUGACAAGACAACAUUCCGCUACUACUGUGAAGCGGUCAUGGUGUUGCGUCACUUUCAGCGCCCAGGAGCUGUGGAAGGCAUGACUGUGGCAGAGUGGGUCAACAGGAAGGAAGUUGGUGGCAGGGUUGUGAUUGGCAUCAGCCAACACAGAACGGCGACAAUGCAGAUUGCAUCACUUGCCUUGACGCAGGAGGAGGAAGCUUGGUUUCAGGUGUACUACAAGUACAUUCGGCCUGAAUGCCUCAGAAGUGACUGCGACAGGUUUUUCAUUUCCUCCAGUGGCAAUCCUGUUCAUAGCGUCACAAAUGACAUCAGUCGCCUCCACGAAAGCUACAAUGUGAAACCUGCCACCAGUCAGGAGGUCCGAAGGGCUGCUGAGACGGAGUCAGCAGCAAUGUUUACGGAGAGUCAGAAGGAGGAUGUGGCCCAUUAUCUGGGUCAUACCAGUGCUGUGGCCAAACAGCAUUAUAGAAUGUGGACGCUGCACGUUGUAGCGGCCACAGCUACACUACUGGACUCCUUGGGAGGCUCCGAGACCCACCUGGCUUCUCAUCCACCAAGCAUGGAUAGCCAGCCUUCAGGAAACGACUUUUCCGCCUUUGUUGCCAGAUUCCCCGUUUCAACAGACGGCCAGCCACCAACCAAAAAGGAGAGGGUCGAUGCGGAGUUUCCAAGCGACCGUGUGUUUUAUGACAAGUGGCGAGGCUGCCAGUAUGCCAAGAGACGGGAAUAUCUGCUGUCAUGCUUUAGUCAUCGGCGGCCAUCAGCCAGGAAGGUGGCAAGGCAGAUUGAGAAGGAGGGGUGGAAGGCCAACCAUCCAACGGCAGAAGAGAUUCUGCAGAUGUGGAAACCAGCCCCCAAACUCACCAUCGAGAGUGAUGAGGUCAUCCUCAAGAGUGUGUCUCGGCAGAAGUGGAAAGGCCUGGCCAUCAAAGACUUUGUAGAGAAAGGGCUAGGGGUGGUUGCAACCCGGCCCUUUUCCAAAGGCGACAUUGUGUGUGAUUACCAUGGAAAGGUCAUCACAGCUGACAAGGGGAGAGCCAUGAUGCAGGACCUAGACGAAGUGGGGCACCUGUUCUUUUUCAAGUCUGGACAGAGGAACCUCUGCAUUGAUGCCCAGACCUUCCCUUGCGAGUGCCACCCCAAUGCGGACACUGUUGGCAGAAGAAUCAAACAUUCCUCCAAGAGGGCCAACCUGAAACCACUUCGCUGCGUCUUGAAGGUGGAUGGAGAGGACACGGAUGUCAUCCUAUUUAAGGCGCUGAAGGACAUCAGAGUGGACGAAGAACUGAAGUUUGACUACGGCGUCAACAGGAAGUCCUUCCGAGGAGAUGGCCUGGACCUGGACUGGCUGGAUGAGUAGGCUACUCAUAGGUGGAUGAGUGGGCUUCACAACAUCUUUAAGCC